UGAAAGUGUAUUUGUGACCUUUUUUCAGCUGUCCUUUCUCCUUUGUCCCUAAGUUUUACUUCAUCGUCACCAUUGUGGUGGUGACAUUGGACCCAGUGUGGGAGUUGGGCUGGAUACAACAAGGAAUGCACAGUUUAUGCUGACGUGGAACCAACCAACAGAACAAGAAAAUGGAGACCACCGAUUUUGACAAUCUGGAAAUUGAGCAGCAGUACAGUUGUGUGAACUCUCGCUGGGAAGCCACGGAAGAUAACCUGGACAAUGACAACUGCUCAGCGCGCAUGUUUGAAAGAUCUAGAAUUAAAGCCCUGGCAGAUGAACGUGAAAUCGUGCAAAAGAAGACGUUUACAAAAUGGGUGAACUCGCACCUGUCUAUCGUGAGCUGCCGGAUUUCGGAUCUCUACUUGGACCUAAGAGAUGGGAAAAUGUUGCUAAAACUAUUAGAGGUGCUUUCAGGGGAGCAGCUGCCACGAAGAACUAAAGGGAGAAUGAGAAUACACUGCUUAGAAAACGUAGAUAAGUCUCUUCAUUUUCUCAAAGAACAAAGAGUACAUCUAGAAAAUAUUGGUCCCCAUGACAUUGUUAAUGGUAAUCACAGAUUAAUACUGGGUCUCAUCUGGACUAUUAUAUUACGAUUUCAGCUACAAGACAUUAUUUUGGAGACAACAGACAGGGAAACUCAUUCUGCUAAGGAUGCUUUGCUCCUAUGGUGUCAGAUGAAGACGGUUGGGUAUCCCAAUGUCAAUAUCACCAAUUUCACAUCCAGUUGGAAGGACGGGUUAGCUUUCAAUGCCCUUAUCCACAAACACAGGCCUGAUUUGAUCAACUUUGAAGAACUGAAGAAAUCCAACGCGAAAUAUAACCUAGAACACGCAUUCAAUGUGGCUAACAGACAGCUUGGCAUUACUCAGCUUCUUGAUCCAGAGGAUGUGUGUACUGAAAAUCCUGAUGAGAAAUCGAUUAUCACGUAUGUAGUGGCAUUUUAUCACUACUUCUCCAAAAUGAAGGCUUUGGCCGUGGAAGGCAAAAGAAUCGGCAAGGUUCUGGAGAAAGUCACUGACAUAGAGAAGAUGAUACAUGGGUAUGAAAGACUUACUUCCGAUCUACUGACAUGGAUAGAACAAACCAUCAUUUCUCUCACAAACUUGAAAUUGGCUAAUAAUCUGUUGGGUGUUCAGCAGCAGCUGGAGUCCUUCAGUGUGUACAGAAAACAAACGAAACCUCCAAAAUGUAAAGACAAGAUGGAACUAGAGGCCUUACUGUUCUCUAUACAGUCUAGAAUGAGGGAGAACAAACAGAAGGUGUACAUACCGCAUGAUGGCCAGCUGGUGUCCGACAUCAAUAGGGCAUGGGGCUAUCUGGAAAAGGCAGAGCAUGAACAUGAGACAGCUUUGAGGAAUGAGCUGAUUCGGCAGGAGAAGCUGGAACAGUUGGCAAAACGUUUCGAUCACAAAGCCAGGAUGAGAGAGGAGUGGGUGGCUGAAAACCAGCACCUCAUUUCACAGGAUAAUUUUGGCUGUGAUUUGCCUUCGGUGGAUGCGGCAGAGAAGAAGCAUGAAGCCAUUAAGACAGAUAUCUUUGCGUAUGAAGGGCGCAUUCAAGCAUUAGUCAAUGUGGCAAAAGAACUGGAAAAUGAGAGAUACCAUGACAUAGACAGGAUUAAUGCCAGAAAGGACAACAUCUUACGCCUGUGGCAGCACCUCCUGGAACGGCUACAUGAUCGGCGCCAAAGGCUCAAUAUGAACCUUGAGCUUCAAACCUUGUUCCAGGACAUGCUGCAUACUGUUACUUGGAUGGAUGAAGUGAAGAAUGGCCUUAUGUCAAUGGGUUUUGGGAAACACCUCAACGAAGUGGAAUAUUUACUUCAGAAACACACCUUGGCCGAAGCUGACAUAAAGGCUCAGGAUGAGAAGGUCAAGUCAUAUAAUAAAGCGAUGCAGAAGUUCGUCACUGCAGAAGGGUACAAGCCUUGUGAUCCACAACUGAUUAAAGAUCGAGUUCACCACCUGGAACUCUGUUACCAAGAUCUUGUAGCCCUGGCAGCUCAACGUAAGGCCCGGCUGCAACAGUGCAGGUGUAUGUGGGCUUUCUUUAGAGACAUGGAUGAGAUACAAAGAUGGAUAAAGGAGAAAGAACAGAUUUAUACUGCUAUGGACUUUGGAAAAGAUCUUACCACCAUCUCCAUCCUUCAAAGAAAGCAAAAGGCUUUUGAAGAUGAAAUCAAAGGCUUUGAAUCUAAUUUACAGCAAACUGUCAAAGAUGGAGAAUUGAUGAUUGCCAACAAGCACUAUGCGGCACCUAAGAUCCAGGAACAAAUUGAGACUGUCCAACGAGAAUGGUCACAGCUGAAAGAUCUGGCUGUCUUCCGUUUGAAAGUUUUGCGUGAUACUGAAAACUUCUUCCAGUUUCAGGUUGAUGCUGAAGAUUUGGUCACUAGAAUGCAAGAAACGUACACUAUCAUGCAAACGGAUGACAUUGGUCAUGAUGAAUAUUCCACCAAUGUGCUGAUAAAGAAACAUAAAGAUCUCCUAGAUGAUAUCAUGUUAAACAGGAAAGCCUUGGAAGGCCUGAACUACCAGGUUCAAACUUUUCCAGAGGAAUACAAAACAUCCCCUGAGAUAGACGGCCAUCUUCAAAGACUGAAAGCCCUCUACUCUAAUCUGGCAGCUCUAGCAGAUUUGCGGUCUCAGAAACUUCAGGAUAAUCUGGCAUAUUACAGAGUUCUUGGGGAAAUAGAUGCUUGCGAGAUGUGGAUGGAUGAGAAGGAGAAGUGGCUUGCAAAGUUGGUGAUUCCAGAAUCCUUGGAGGACAUGGGAGUUGUUCAGCAUAGAUUCAAUACUCUGGGUCAAGAAAUUAAUGCCUUGGGUUCCCAAAUCCAGAACGUGAAUAGUGCAUCUGAUGCUCUCUUUGAAAGUGGACAUCCCAACAGAAAACAAGUGAAGCAGGGCCAGGAUCACAUGAACACCAGGUGGGGUGAGUUUCAAGCAAUGGUAGCACAUAAAAGAAAAGCUGUUGAUUCCGCCCUGGGUCUUUACAAUUAUGGUCUGGAGUGCGAAGAGACCAAGAACAGGAUAUUGGAGAAGAUCAAUGUGGUUGAUUCUAUUCAGAAUCUUGGAGACGAUCUGGCUUCUGUCAUAUCAAUCCAGAGGAAACUGUAUGGUAUUGAGCGAGAUCUUACAACUAUUGAAGCUAAACUCAUAAACCUCCAAGAAGAAGCCCAGAAACUGGCAAACGAAAAUCCCGAGCAUGCCCAAGAAAUUUUUGACAGAUUGAUUGAGCUCAACAACGUCUGGCAAGAUCUGCAGAAUGCACUACAAAGUCAAGAGGACUCGCUGGGGGAAAGCAGCAAACUGCAGAAACUCUUAGUUGACUUGUUAGAUUUUGAGACUUGGCUCUACAGAGCUCAGCAGGCAACAGCUUCAGAAGAUUCACCCACCUCACUCAAAGAAGCAGAGCAGCUAUACAAUAACCACCUUGCCCUUAAAAAGGACAUGGAACAACAUGAAUCUGAUUUCUAUGAUGUUGUUGACACAGGCAACAAUGCAACAAAAGGACAAGAUGACCCUCAAUACCAGCAACUAGACCAAAGAGUAAAAGACAUAGAGGUUGGGUGGAGUGACCUUCACCGGAUGUGGGACAACCGAGAGAUUUUUCUUAAGCAGUGCUUGGAAUUCCAGAAGUUCCUGAAUAAUGCAAAGCAGUCUGAAGCCAUUUUGAACAAUCAGGAAUACACCCUUGCUUAUACUGAAUUACCCGAUACAUUGCAAGCAUCUCAGAACAGACAAAAGAAACAUGAAGAGUUUUUGUCUACCAUGAAAAAUAAUGAAGAAAAGAUUACUGGGACAAUAGAAAAUGCAGCAAAAUUGGAGGAAGAUAAAAACAUUUUUGUCGAUCGGGCUUUGGAGAAAGCGGCCUCACUGCAUGAUAGGUACGCAGUAAAUGUGGAUAAAGCAAAACAGUUCUCCCUUCUGCUGAAAGAUCAUGUUGCUCUUCAGGAUUUCUUGGAAAACUGUGAUGAGUUAACGUUGUGGAUCAAUGAAAAAAUGUUAACUGCUCAGGAUACAUCCUAUGAAGAAGCUCACAACAUACACAGCAAGUGGCUAAAACACCAAGCUUUCAGGGCAGAAAUUGAUUCCAACAAGGACAGACUGCAGAAGAUCGAUAAGGAAGAAAAGCAGUUGGCACAGGAAAAACCACAAUUUGCCCCACUAAUCUCUAGAAAACUUAGUGCUCUGCAUGAGCAGUGGGAUGAGCUGGAGUCUACAACCCUGAAGAAAGAGCAGUCUCUGUUUGAUGCACACCGCUCUGAGUUAUAUGAGCAAAGGUUUGCAGACAUAGCAAAGUGGACAAAUGACAUAGAGCAGCAGGUAACAUCCGAUGACUAUGGAAAGGACUUGACAAGUGUUAAUAUUCUUCUCAAUAAGCACAAGAGGACUGAGGACAAGAUAGAUCAGAAGAAGAAAGAAAUGGAUGAAGUUGUCCCAGAUGCACCAUCGCAAGAUACAGGCAAUGAACUUGGUGAAAAGGAACAAGAUGUUAAAGUACGGUUCCUGCAACUUCAAGCACCAAUGCAAGAAAGGAAAAGAAAACUGCAGUCCUCAAAGCAAGUUCACCAACUGCAUCGGGACUUGGCUGAUGAAACUCUCUGGAUUCAGGAGAGGAUGCCCCUCGCAAAGUCCAAAGAUUACGGAACUAAUCUUCAGAUGGUACAGAUGCUACUGAAAAAGAACCAGACUUUGCAGAAAGAAAUCGCAGGUCAUGGGCCAAGGGUAGACGAUGUUAUUAAAAAAGCAGAGACUAUAGAAGAUGAACCAGAUGUUGACUCUCAACCAAUCAGAAAACAGUGUCAGUUCCUGCAAGAGCAAUGGGAUCAGCUGAACGCAGCAACAAUAAACAGACAGAAAUCCCUUAACCAGGCAAAUGAGGCUCAGCAAUACUAUAUGGAUGCCAGUGAAGCGGAGGCUUGGAUCGACGAGCAACAGCUUUAUAUGAUUGGAGAUGAAACGCCAAAGGAUGAGGAAAGCGUGGUUCUGAUGUUGAAGAAGCACCUGAUUUUGCAACAUGGAAUAGAACAAUAUGGAAAAAAUGUCAAAGAUCUGGCAGAUCAGUCUCAGAAACUUCUGGCAUUAGAACAUCCUGAUGGUGAACAGAUAAUUCGACACCAGGGAAACCUAGAGAAGCAGUACGCAGCACUGCGGGAGGUGGCAGAUCAGCGGAGACAGAAUCUUGACAACAUCUAUCACAUGUUUCAGUUGAAGCGUGAAGUGGAAGACUUGGAGCAGUGGAUUGCUGAGAGAGACAUCAAGGCUUCAUCUCAGGAAAUGGGUCAAGAUUUAGAUCAUGUGACUGUGCUGCGAGACAAAUUCCGUGACUUUGCCAAAGAGACGGGAACAAUUGGGCAAGAACGUAUUGACAAUGUGAACAUCUUGAUUGAAGAACUAAUUGAUGCUGGUCACUCCGAAGCUGCGAUGAUUGCAGAAUGGAAAGACAACCUAAACGAGAGCUGGGCCGAUUUGCUGGAGCUGAUCGAUACCCGCAUCCAGCUCUUGUCUGCGUCUUACGAUCUUCAUAAAUUCUUCUAUGACGGCACUGAGAUUCUGAGCAUGAUUGAGGAGAAGCACAAGGACCUACCGGAAGAGCUUGGCAAAGACGUACACACUGCAGAGUCCUUGCACAGAGUACACUCAGCCUUUGAAAGGGAUAUUCAUUUUAUUGGGUCACAGGUCCAGACUUUCCAAGACAUAGCAGCACGUCUUUACACUGCCUAUGCAGGAGAUCAAGCCGUGGACAUCCAGGUGAAGGAGAAGGAAGUGGAGGAGGCAUGGAAAGCCCUACUGGAUGCCUGUAGUGGUCGCCGCAACGAACUGAUCAGUGCCUCAGAGAAAUUCAGUUUCUUCAGCAUGGUUCGAGAUUUAAUGCUCUGGAUGGAAAGUAUGAUAAGACAUAUUGAAACCCAGGAAAGACCAAGAGAUGUGUCAUCUGUUGAAUCCCUAAUAAAGUACCACCAAGAACUGAGAUCUGAAAUUGAGGCCAGAAACCCAAAUUACGCCAAAUGUGUUGAAUUAGGUCACACUCUGCUGGCCCGUCAUCAUCCAUCUUCAGAAGAGAUAAAGGAAAAGCUUGAACAACUCUCAGGAAGACGGACAGAGAUGAUGGAGAAAUGGGAGAAGCGUUGGGAUUGGCUUUCGAUUUUGUUGGAAGUCUGCCAGUUUUCAAGAGAUGCCUCCAUGGCAGAAGCCUGGUUGAUUGCCAAGGAGCCUUAUUUGUUAACAAAGCAUGUAGGAAAUAGUGUAGACGAUGUGGAAAAGUUAUUAAAGAAGCAUGAAGCCUUUGAGAAAUCCACCGCAACAUGGGAAGAGAGAUUUGCAGCACUGGAACGGCUGACCACGUUGGAAUUACUGGAAAUCAGGAAAUAUCAAGAAACCAGAAGUCUACAAAUGGCGCUUGCAGCUGAUGCUGAAACAAGAGAGGUUCAGGCAGAAAUUCAUGUCCGGCCAAAAGAAGAAAGAGAGCUCAUACAGCCAGACAGCCAGACAUCUGAGGACCCUGCCCAGGCAACAGAAGUAAAAGACUUUGAAUUGCCCAGCGCAGAGGACAUUAUUGAAGAAACACAAGACACAGAGCAAUGGAAGCGCACGGAAGAUGAGCGUGAGGCAGAACACACUGGGCGGACUGAAUAUAGUCUAAUACGACCAACUACGAUUUUGACGGAAGAGGUUUCUACUCUCCCAGCAGGAGUAGCUAGUCCCGUUAGUGUCCAGAUGGAGGGGUAUUUACUAAGAAGACAUGACUUAGAAGGAUCACCAAAAAAAGCUCAAAACAGGUCUUGGAACAAUGUCUACUGUGUGCUAGCAAACAAUGAGUUAUAUUUCUACGAAAAUACCAAAGCCUUUGCUCUACAAGAGACUUUCCAUGGUGCAGAUGCGCUUUUCUUAGGCAAUGUGGCUUGUGAGGCUGUAGCAGAUUCUAAGAAGAAGAAGCAUGUGUUCAGGCUUAGGCUGGGUGACGGCAAUGAGUGGCUCUUCCAGGGGAAGGAUGAGGCUGAACGUCAAGCAUGGAUUGAUCAACUUAGAACAUCAAUUGCGGAGACAUCCAAUCAAAAGCCGAAGUCUAAAAGCCUGCCUCCCCCUUCCACGUCUGCCUCAGAUGGCAAGCCAGACAAGAAGAAGAAAAGAUUCAGCUUCUUCCCUUCAAAAAAAUAACAUCUACAGAAAUCAGAUCCAUUGAAAAAAGUAUGGUCUGAUUCUUGACUAAAGCAAAACACCUGAUCGCUGCAGUUCCUGGCAGGGGGACCAUACACUCUGUUCUAAGCACCUUCAAGCAAACCAAAUUGUCAAAAGGAAGCCUGCUAAAGUGUUACAGCGAACCAGUUGCCUAGACACAGCGGAGGCUCCCGUUUUUGUUAGCUGAACCAAUAUGCGGCCAAUCAGUUCACUAGAAACCUCUGAUGUCAAAAAGUUAGGCCUCAGUUUCUAGUGAACUGAAAAACUGUGGGGUCUAUUUACUAAGCCUUAAUGGAGUAAAAAGUGGAUGGAGAUAAAGUACCAGCCAAUCAGCU